GUACGUCUCCGAUGUUUCAAUCGUGAAAUCGAAACAAACAAAAUAAUUAAAAAAAGAAAUAAGAGGAGGCGAUGGCGAUCAAAGACCUGACGGCGACGACCGGUGAUUCAUCUCUUCCUUUAAUAAAAUCUCCGCCGUCUGAAACAACCGGCGGUGACAGAACCUCUGCUCUUCAAACGCUCGGUAACAUUAUCGUCUCCAUCGUCGGUACAGGCGUCCUUGGUCUUCCUUACGCAUUCCGCAUCGCCGGUUGGUUAGCCGGAUCUCUCGGUGUCAUUAUCGUCGGAUUCGCCACCUAUUACUGCAUGCUCCUCCUCAUUCAGUGCAGAGAUAAGCUAGAAUCGGAAGAAGGAGAAGAAGAAUCGAAAACUUAUGGUGAUUUAGGUUUCAAAUGUAUGGGAACAAAAGGUCGAUACUUAACCGAAUUCCUCAUUUUCACUGCUCAAUGUGGUGGAUCAGUAGCGUAUUUAGUGUUCAUAGGUCGAAACUUGUCAUCCAUAUUUAGUUCGUAUGGGUUAAGUAUGGUUUCUUUCAUAUUGAUUCUGGUUCCAAUCGAAGUUGGAUUGUCGUGGAUCACUUCUUUAUCAGCUCUCUCGCCUUUCAGUAUCUUUGCUGAUAUAUGCAACAUCAUAGCAAUGUGUUUUGUUGUCAAAGAAAAUGUGGAAAUGGUGAUUGAAGGAGACUUCUCGUUUAGUGAUAGAACUGCUAUUUCGUCUACCAUUGGUGGUUUACCUUUUGCUGGAGGAGUUGCGGUGUUCUGUUUUGAGGGUUUUGCAAUGACGUUGGCUUUGGAGAGUUCUAUGAGGGAAAGAGAAGCUUUCCCUAAAUUGUUAGCUAAAGUGCUUGCCGGGAUUACGUUUGUCUAUGUGUUGUUCGGGUUUUGUGGUUAUAUGGCUUAUGGUGAUCAAACAAAGGAUAUCAUCACUCUUAACCUCCCAAAUAAUUGGUCUGCCAUUGCUGUUCAGAUUGGGUUAUGUGUGGGAUUGACGUUUACAUUUCCGAUCAUGGUACAUCCGCUUAACGAGAUCAUAGAGCAGAAACUGAAGAGGAUAGACUGGCUUCAAAAGCAUCAUAAUGGGUACAGCAACGAAACAGGUUCAGUCUCAAAAUUUGCAAUCUUUACAACGAGGACACUUUUGGUGGUAGGACUUGCAGCAAUCGCGAGUUUAGUCCCAGGGUUUGGUACAUUUGCAUCUCUUGUUGGAAGUACUUUGUGCGCACUCAUCUCCUUUGUGUUGCCGGCUUCUUAUCACCUCACGCUGCUCGGUCCAUCACUAAAUGUAUGGAACAAAUCCAUCGACGUAUUCAUUGUGAUUUGCGGGUUGAUCUUUGCUGUUUAUGGUACGUACAACACAAUCGUCGGAGUGUGAAAAGGGAUAGCAUGUGAUCUGUGUAAAGCAACGAAUAUAACUACAAGAAGUUUGGUAACUAAAACCACUAAUGAAAACUCGACCCACGCGCUGUUGGUCCUCUUAUGUUUUCAUUUAUGCAAAAAAAAAACAAAUCGGAGGGUUAUAUAGUCCACGGAUUUUUGUCUCACGCGCUAAACGCGCUUAAGGUGUGCGUGUUUUGAUUCAGUUCAUACACGCGUGUAGUUUUUUUUUAAAAUCUUUUUAAUUUCCGUAUUUAAUCGUUUUAAGGCGCAAACGAUGGACUUCUCUUGGGCUUUUCUUAGUUUUCGUUUAACUUGUUGGCCCAUAUAUGAUCUGUUUCUUUUUUGUUUUUCGCCAACCAUAUAUGAUCUGUUUAUUAUCAAUAAAAUUUCACUUCAGAG